AAAUCUCUAUGGAAACGUCAACUAUCUCCAACCAGUUGUCUGUACGAAAUCUUUAGUGUACAAUGUAUUCAUUGUAACUUUUAUAUACAACAUUCAUUAUUAAACCGUUUUUUACAGUUACUAAAACUAAGGGAAAUUAUCAAACGGUGGUCACUUUUAUGCUUAGAAGUGAAGUGUGUUAACUGGCUAACGUGGUGUUUGCUAACAUCAACCUGGGAAGUCGUAGAUGUUAGCUCGAUAAAUGGCAGAACUUUGGAACUCAGAUACAGGGGAAGCGGUGUAUCGCUCGCGGGAUGCUGUCAAAAAUUUGAAAAUAAAAGUGCGAAUAGAGAGGGUGACCUCAACAGCAGUUCUUUCUCAGCAUCUUCAGCACAAGGUUCUCUCUCAGCAAGACAGAGGAGAAAUUGAGCUGGAAACCCUCACAGCUCAAGGCCAAACAGGUGAUAAUGAAGAAGAGAUAGUUGUGGGCUGGCAGGAGAAACUCUUCAGUCAGUAUGAGAUCGAGCUGUUCCAGAAUGAGGCAGCAUGUCAGACCCCUCUGGACCGGCAAUAUCACUCAGAAAUCAGGGCCCUUCACAAGGGCAAGGGUCGUCGUAACCACAGGAUUUUCACUUACACCGAUCACGACCGCUACACCAACUGUCUUCCGCUCCACCAGCUGCAGCACACUGACUUACUUACCACAACCAAAUCCAGCCCCACCUUCCUGGCUGAGAGGAUGGCCAGUGUGAGACACAGAAGACAAGAAAGGCGGACCAUGGAUUCAAGUAUCCCCAAGUCAAGAAUAGUCAACUGGGAGCCAACAGAAGAGUUUGUGAAGAGCAGUCAUGUGCUGAAUAACCCAAUGCAGACCAUGCACAUCAUGGGAGACCUGGGCCCUCAGGGAAAGCUGGGCCAGAGAGAGAAUGAAUGUCUGUUGGUGACCAUAAAAACCGAUGGCAGUGGAACCGUCAUUAUGAAACCUGACUUCAACAAAGGGAGAGAUCCGUACAGGAUUCUGACACAAGGAGAGAAAAGAGAAGUUUGGCGUCUUACUGUUGAGAACGUAUCCACAGCCAUGAAACCAGAGGAAAAAGACAGGGAGCAGAACAUGUACAAAGACCUUUAUGUGAGUCACAAGGAGUACCUUAACAGCCUUGUAGGACAGGACUUUGAAAUGCCCCCUGCAGGUAUUCUGCGUUACAUGAUGAACGGAGAAAUCGUUUUGGCAAAAGGCUUUGAAUAUGAUAACUUAUACAUCCACUUCUACAUGGAACUGCCCAACAGUUGGUCCAGUUUGCCAUUUCAGUCUCUAUCAGGUGUUACUCAGACCUGCCGGGCCAAGUCAAUAAAAAAGGAAAAUGUAGCUUUGUUCGGAUACCCCUUCAACUUCGAGGCAUUUUACAUGAGUGAAAAAGAGCCCGAGGAAUCAAUUCUUCAGUGGCCAGUGCUUUAUUUCAAGGUCCUGUCUUUGGAUUCCUGGCAGCGCUAUCGAACUGAGGGCUAUGGAUAUCUGCUUUUCCCUGCCGUGCCUGGUAAACACACCCUAACUUGUCACACGUGGAGACCCCUUCAGAUGGGGACCGUCUCUGCUCUGAGGCGCUUCUUCAUCGGAGGUUCUGCUGAGCUUGAAGAUCACAGCUAUGUCCGAGUGCCAGGGACCUUUAAGGGAGAGAGACUGAGUCGCUUUGGCUUUUGCACUGAAACCACAGGGAGUGUCACCUUUAAUCUGCACUGCAUCCAGCAGGCCAGGUCCUUUGUUGAUGCUGCAGUUCUGAAGAAGAGAAGGCAGAGAGUUGCUGAUCAGCUGGGAGGAUUUAGUCAGCAGGGAGCAGUUUGCACUAUUCUAGAGGCCUUCCAGAGAGCCAGGAGAAAGAUGCAGGAGGCUAGAGAAAGUCUUCCACGAGACGUCAUGAGUUCCACUUCUCAACUUCAACUUGAAUCCUCAGCAUAAGCAUGAAAUAUUAACUUUACAGCUGAAGUUACAUCACCAGCAAAUGUGGCAAUGCACUAAGUAACCUUAAUGCUGUAAUAGUGAAUUCUACUAAAAGAGCAGAGCACAGCAUAUGGAUGUUUUACUCUGUACUUGGACACUAAGAUGGAUGCUCGAGGAGUUACUGUUACUCAUAAGAACCAUGCCUACAAAGUAGAGUUUAACUUAGUAUAGUAUUAUGUCGUUACCAGUUAUCUCAAACCAGAGGUUUCCACUUUAGAGACACUACAAUGAGGUAAUUUUAAAGAAUUUCCAUGUUAAUGGAUGAUUUCAGAUUGU